AUGGAGAAGGCUCUCGCUCACUACAGAGGGAUCUACGGCAGCCAAGCGAACGAGAGCUACACGUUUCUUCGCGCCUGGAAUGACCUCAAAAACCCGGGGAAUUACAUCUCGCUGCCCAGACAGGCCAAUUAUUUUUGCGGUGCACGACUUCAUCACUGGAAUUUCGUGGUUGGGAAGGUGGAAAUCGGCAGUGGCAGUCACGAAGAGAAGCGAGAAGCCUUUCGAUUGGCGACGGUCAGUGCGCUGGAUUUCCUACUGAGUAUUGGGCGAGGGGGGCGGCGUCCGACUCGAGAUGCGAAACCCAAGCGCAAAGGAGCUCAAGCCGCGAAUCGACUGUGA